CUCCACCGCACUCUCAUUCCGCGCAUCUUCACUUCCCUUAUUUUAGCCCCCAAAUAAUCCUCACAUAUUUUCGGGAUUACUUUCUCCUAACUCGUCCCUCUCUACAUCUAUCUUUGCGCAACUAUGGCUUGUGUUGCCUUCCUCUCGUCUUUGCUGCCCAAGCUAUCGCCGGAGUCGAAGGUUUUGAGAGAUACGGAGUCUUCCGACUUUCAAUCCUCCAUGAGACGCUGGUCAAACCACAAGCUAAAGGUACCGUUUGCUAUUGUCCAACCCGCGAACGAGAAUGACAUCGUGCAUACUGUACGGGAGGCUAUAUCGGCUUCUGUCCCUUUCGUUACGGCCUCAGGUGGGCAUAGUCAAUGGUCAUCUAUUGACCAGAACGGAAUCAUCAUCGAUCUAAGCCGAUACAAGGGUGUUUCUGUUGAUGCAGACAACAAUCUCGCCACGGUCAGAGGCGGUACUCGGAUGAAGGAAUUUCAGAUUGCGCUACACCCUCACAAGCAAUUCGCGGCUGUUGCAAAUGGUAACACUGUCGGCGUAAUUCCCUACUACCUCGGCGGUGGUAUUAGCACUUACACCCCGUUCAUCGGUUACGGUAGUGAAAAUAUUGUCGCUGCCAAACUCAUAAACUCCAACGGUGAGCUAGUAGAAGUCUCAGAAAGACAAGAUCCAGAGCUUCUCUGGGGAGUCUGCGGUGCCGGCCAAUUUUUUGGCUUGGUCACGGAGCUCACUAUCAGGACCAAGCCGUACUCGUUACUUGGGAACGAAGACGGACAACGCAUGUGUGGAACGUAUAUUUUCCCUAUGCAGAGCUUCGACCUUGUCUGCGUCGCUUUGGAGACUAUUAUGAAUAGCACAGAAUAUAUAUCAUCGGGUCAUAUCAUGAUCGUCCAGGCGCCUGCAGACUUAAAGCAGCAAGUGCUGUUGGUUGCACCUCAAGCCUUUUGCUCAGCCACCGAAGCUGCCAAACUCUUCCAACCACUAGUCGACCUCAGUCCGGUCCAGCAGAUGUUAUUUCCGUCUACAUUUGACAAGCACAGCGACCACCUGGACUGGGUCUGCGCCGAAGGCGAUUUCAAACGAUUCAGCCAGGUGGGUCUAACUGGCUGGAGUACUGGGAACUUUAAGCGUCUUGCAGAGCUUCAUUCCGAGCUUGUUGAGAACUGCACAGACGCAGCGCGCUCAGGAUACACGGUUGAAUGGCAUAGUCCAUGCCGGGCUAAGAGAGAGCUGAAAUGUUCAUUCGGCAACGAGAACGUAGAGUACUGGCUUAACGUUCUGAGCUGGUAUACAGAUGCCGCCAACCACAAGUUCGUAGAUAUGAUGGAACACAAGGCGGAAGCUGUCAUGCGUGAGGGUACUGAAGAGGAAGCGUUCGUCUCCUAUACCAAUACAAACCGUGAAGAUCCUAUAGAGUACCGCUACAAAGGUACCAGCACCGUAAGUAGACUUGAGUCAUUGAAGAAGCGCGUUGAUCCUACCGGCAUCUUCACAGGGGAGCUCUUGUAAGUACCUAGAUAGCAAGUAAACAAUGCUUAGGCUUCUCCUAGGGUUUGAAUGUGCAGAUAUGCUUAACUGCAUGUAUUUAUCUACC